UCACUCUCGCACACAGAGUCCCCACAGUAGAGACCAUACAUAUCUCAUUUCACCCAAUCCACCAUUGUUACUCUACACAACCCCCGCCCUCUCUCUACACACACACACACACACACACCCAUUCCUCUUCUCUAUCUAUGUAAAACUUUGUUAAUGAUGGCCGCAGAAGCGUACGCAACCACGCUCAACGACCUCCCCGACGUAAUCCUAUCCAACAUCAUCGCCACAGUCUCGGACACACGUAGCCGCAAUUCAACCUCGUUGGUGUGUCGGAAAUGGCUCCACCUGGAACGCUCGACUCGCACACGGCUCACACUUCGAGGCAACGCUCGUGAUCUGUUCAUGGUCCCGUCGUGCUUUCGAUCUGUGACCCAUCUCGAUAUCUCGCUGUUAUCUCCAUGGGGUCAUUCUCUUCUAUCGAUUUCAUCCUACUCUGAUGAUCCUGUGCUUAUUGCUCAUUUAUUAAGGCAGGCUUUUCCGUUGAUUAGUUCGCUUACUGUUUAUGCGCGCACGCCCUCAACGCUUGAGCUCUUGUUGCCUCACUGGCCGAGAAUUAGGGAGAUUAAGCUUGUGAGAUGGCAUCAGAGGCCUCAGUUGCCAUCUGGGUCUGAUUUUGUGCCGGUUUUUGAGAAUCUUGUGGGUCUCGAGAGGCUUGAUUUGUCGAGUUUUUAUUGCUGGACUGAGGAUCUUGUUCCGGCUCUUGAGGCUUAUCCGGGUAUUGGGUUGGGCUUGAAGUGUCUAAAUUUGAUGAAUCCGUCGUUUUCGGAGGGGUUUAAGGGUCAGGAAGUGGAGGAUAUUACGAAAGCUUGUCCGAAUUUGAGGGAGUUGUGUGUUGCGUGUAUGUUUGAUCCGAGAUACAUAGGGUUUGUUGGGGAUCAGAGUUUGUUAGCGGUGGCUGCUAAUUGUCCUAAUCUUGAGAGGUUGUGUCUUUCGGAUACGACAGCUUUGUUGAAUGUUAGGGCGGAUCCGAAUGAGGAUGGUGUGGGUAAUGAGGAUGCGAGGAUUGGCGUGGGGACAUUGAUUGAGGUGUUCUCGGGUCUUCCAUUGUUGGAGGAGUUUACUUUAGAUGUUUGUAAUAAUGUUAGAGAGAGUGGGCCUGCGUUUGAGAUGCUUCAUAAGAAAUGUCCCAGGUUGAGGAAGCUGAAGUUGGGUCAGUUUCAGGGGAUUUGUAUGCCUGUUGAGUCAAAGUUGGAUGGGAUUGCGCUUUGUGAAGGGCUUCAGGAGUUGUCGAUUAGGAAUGUGGCUGACUUGACGGAUUUUGGAUUGAUUGCUAUUGCUAGGGGGUGUUCGAGGUUGGUCAAGUUUCAUGUACAGGGUUGUAAAAAGAUUACUGUGAAAGGGAUGGGGACUUUGGCUUCUUUGCUUCAACGGACAUUGAUCGAUGUCAAGAUCUCUAGCUGCAAGAAUUUAGGUGCUAUGUCUUCAUUAAAAGCUUUGAAACCAAUCCAAGACAGGAUUUUGAGACUGCACAUUGAUUGUGUUUGGGAUAGUGUUGAGCAAUUAGAGGAUCUAGAUAGGACUGAGUUUAACUUUGAUCUUAAUAGGUUGGAUGAGGGUUCCUUCUCCGGUCAUUCUGCUGAAUUUAAUAACUAUUACAGUGAUCCAGCUAGUGAAGAGCCUCAUGGCAAAAGGAAAAAGUGCAAGUACUUGUAUGAUCAGCAGUAUUGUAGCUAUGAUCAAAUAGGUGGUGUUUGCAAUGGCAAUGGUUAUUAUGGUAAAACUUGGGAUAGGCUGCAGAACCUUUCUCUCUGGAUAUCUGUUGGGGAGCUCUUGACCCCAUUAGUGGAAGCAGGUCUUGAAAACUGUCCCAAUUUGGAGGAAAUACACAUCAAAGUUGAGGGAGACUGCAGGGACUGGUCCAAACCAUCGAGCCGGGAAUUUGGAUUGCACACUCUUGUUCAGUACCCUAAGCUGACAAAGAUGCAUUUGGAUUGUGGAGACAUGCUAGGUUUUGCGCACACUGCACCAUCUGGACACAUGGACUUGAGCCUCUGGGAACGAUUUUAUUUAUAUGGAAUCGGAGGAUUGAGUAGUCUCACCGAGCUUGAUUAUUGGCCACCACAGGAUAGGGAUGUUAAUCAAAGGAGUCUCUCCCUACCAGCAGCUGGAUUGCUUCAACAGUGCCUUAGGCUUAGGAAGCUAUUUAUCCACGGGACAGCUCAUGAACAUUUUAUGAACUUCCUACUCAGAAUACCAGACUUGAGGGAUGUUCAACUUAGAGAAGAUUAUUAUCCAGCUCCUGAAAACGAUAUGAGUACAGAGAUGAGAGCAGAUUCUUGCAGUCGUUUUGAAGAUGCACUGAAUGGACGUCAAAUAUCUGAUUGAGACUAACACCAUAUUUGGAUAUAAGCAAGUUUGAAGUGGAAUUUGAGUUUCAGAGGUUUAUCCAGUUACAAUUUUGUAAUAUUAUUCAUGUCAAUCUCCUGUUUCAUUGAGACUGCAUGUGAAAACAGUUGAAUGUUUUAAAUAAAUUGUCCUAAAUAUUAUAUACA